CCUCAAAUAAUAAAAAUAUUUGGACUUGACCUUAAAGAAACUGGUUAUUAUGAUGACUAUGAUCCAACACUAAAUCCGAAUAUUGCUAAUUCUUUUGCAACUGCAGCUUAUCGCUUUGGUCAUUCCUUGGUUCAACAUAGCUUUGCCAGAUAUGAUGGAAAACAUAAUCUUAUAUUCGACAAUAUCUCCAUACAUGAUGAAUUUAAACAUAGAGAAAACUUACUAAGUCCAGGAUCUGUUGAUCGUUUACUAUUAGGGUUAAUAAAUCAAGUUUCACAAAGAAGAGAUGAGUUCAUAACUAAAGAACUAACGAAGCACCUUUUCCAGUUUCCAAAUUUUCCGUUUGGCAUGGAUCUUGCAUCAAUUAAUAUUCAACGAGGUAGAGAUCAUGGAUUGGCGCCUUAUGUUAAAUGGCGAAAACCUUGUGGCUUGUCAGCAAUUCGUACAUGGCAGGACCUAGAAAAAAUUCUGUCAGCUAAGACCGUUAGCAAAUUAAAAAGCUUGUAUGAAACUUUAGGAGAUAUUGACCUUUACGCUGGAGGAUUAUCAGAGAAACCAAUUCUUGGAGGUAUUGUUGGACCAACAUUUGCUUGUGUUAUUGCUCAACAAUUCAACCAUCUACGAAAAGGGGACAGAUUUUGGUAUGAAAACGGAAACUUAAAUAAUAGUUUUACUUUAGCUCAAAUCAACCAGAUCCGUCAAAUUUCACUUGCUAAAAUAUUGUGUUACACCGUAGACAGUAUUGAAACAGUUCAACCCUUCGUAUUUCUAGUCGCUGAUAAACUUAAUAAUAGGAGAAUGUCAUGUAAAAAAUUUAAUCAAUUCAAUCUAAUACCUUGGAUUGAUUUUAGAAAAAGUAAUCAAGAACAUAAUAAUAUCUUACAUGAUAUAAAGAUGAACAUUAACCUUACAAACUCUAGAAAUCAGUCUAGAAUGUUUCCAAGACUAAAACCUAAGCCGAUCAAAGCUAAUGUAAAUCAGAAAAAUAACAUUGUAAUGAAGUGGCCUUUCGGAUCAUCUUAUGAAAAUGUUACAAUAAUUAUAGAAAAUCAUGUUUUCAACUCACCUACAGUAAUCAAUAAUGCAAUUCGUGGAGUUUCAACAGAUUAUUUAACUAAUCUAGAGCCACAUAAGGAUGAAACUGGUAAAAAAAAUCACUUGCCGUCAUUAAAUCAAAAUUUACUAUCAAAAUUUAUAAAUUUUAACAAUUCCAAAGAGAAUUCCAAAUCAAUGUCAUAUAUAGAAGAUUUUUAUACCGAUGAAUUACCGAAACCUAUUAAAUUAAACCAU